AUGUCAAAGAUCCGGCUCGUCUUCUUUGUGGUUGUGGUGUUGUUGAGCAGCCAUAACCAUGCAGUUGAAGCAGCUCGUGGAUUGCCUGUAGAGUUUCUCCCAGGCUUUGAUGGCCCUCUUCCCUUUCAACUCCAAACUGGCUACAACAUUGGAGUUGGACAAAAUGAAGAAAUACAACUUUUUUAUUAUUUCAUAAAGUCUGAUUCAAAUCCCCAAGAAGACCCUCUCAUUCUUUGGAUUACUGGAGGCAUGUCUUGCUCAGUCUUGGAUGCAAUCUUUCAACAAAUUGGUCCAUUGUUUAUAGAACCAGUGGAGUAUAAUGGGAGUUUGCCCAGGCUGCUACCAUUUCCCUAUUCAUGGACAAAGGUUGCUAGCUUUAUCUUCUUGGAUUUUCCGGCUGGAGUUGGAUUUUCGUAUGCUACAACUGCAGAGAGUCUUCAAAGCAAUGAUUUGUUGGUGUCUAGCAAUGCAUAUGAAUUUCUUCAAAAGUGGCUAAUUGAUCAUCCGGAGUUCCUCUCAAAUCCUUUUUAUGUUGGCGGCCACUCAUCUGCUGGCAUUAAAGUUCCAAUUGUUGCUGAAAUGAUAUCUAAUGGAAUUGAGAGCGGAAUUAAGCCAUUGAUUCAACUUCAGGGGUACAUACUUGGUAGUCCAAGAGCUUUUGAAACUCAAGAAAACUAUAUGGUUCCAUAUGCUUAUGGAAUGGGACUCAUUACCGAUCAACUAUAUGAGUCGUUGAAAGAAAAUUGCAAAGGAGAUUAUAUCAACGUCGAUCCGACUAAUUUACAAUGUCAACAAGAUCUUCGAAUUUUUAAUAAGCCUGCUUGUCUGUCUAGUUCUGAUACGACAAUGUCUUCUCACAUUAUGUUGCCUGGACAAAAGUCUCUUUAUCAUGACUUGUACACAAAACUCAAGAUUGAUCCAUUUUUAGUUUCUGGAUUUCAAUGUCGAGAUGAAUGGACCAACCUAAUUGCAUAUUGGGUCAAUGAUUAUGAUGUUCAAAUGGCCCUUCAUGUUAGACAGGGGACAAAUGAAAAAUGGCAACAGUGCACUCAAAGUUUGCCGUACAUAACAAAUGUGGAUAACACCAUAGCAUAUCAUUUGAAUCUUAGAGGUGGUGAUCACGAAUUGGUCUGUCCAUAUCUUUCAAGUGAAGCAUGGAUAAAGUCGCUAAAUUAUUCCAUUAUUGAUAAUUGGAGAUCAUGGAUGGUUGAAGGUCAAGUUGCUGGGUACACAAUGACAUAUGCUAAUAAGAUGACAUUCGCUACUGUCAAGGGAGGAGGUCAUGUUGCACCCGAUUAUCGCCCUUUUGAAUCUCAAGUUAUGUUUGAGCGAUGGAUAUUUUAUGAAAAUCUUUAAUUUUAUAUAAAAUUUAAUUGAAAUUAAGUGUGUAAAAGUGAUAAAGUUUGUUGAUGUUUUACGUAUUCAAUAAGCAUCUUUGAUAAAUGGAUGCCACUGUUGUUUAAUAAUUCGACAAAAAUUAUAAUAUUGUAAGUUGUGUUUAGUUUAUUACAGAGUAUAUA